AGAUCAUUUUCCUCGUGCAUGCCAGCGACGUAGAAAUGUCUAUGGAGAUCAUGCUGAGCUCAUCUUAUCUGUGAUUCAUCUGUUCCUGCUUUGAUGGCAGAAUUAUGUGCGAAGUAACUGAUUAAUUAAUGUGAUGUUUUGUAGAGACAAUAACGAGAAUGCCAAUACAGGCACCACAGUGGACUGAAUUUCUUUCUUGCCCAGUUUGUUGUCAUGACUUUGAUGUGGCCGUACGAGGUCCAAUAUCUUUAGGAUGUGGUCAUACUAUAUGCCGUACGUGUCUAGCAAAUUUGCAUCGCAAGCAAUGUCCUUUCGAUCAGAGUACUAUAAACACUGAAAUAGAAAGAUUACCAGUAAAUGAAGCUCUGCUUCAAUUAGUUGGUAAUACUGUUCCAACAAAUGUUGCAACAUCGUAUCAAAAAUUAUUACCACCUGAAGAUCAUACUAAUUACUUAGUGGCUAAGCGUUGCAUUGAAGAAUUAGCGCUCUAUUUGAAACCAUGUCAGACAAAUCCAACCAUAGCAGCAGGAAUGGGACUUGUGUCUCGUCCGAUGCAGAGAAAAUUGGUUACGUUGGUAGGGUGCCAAUUAGUAGAACCAGAGGGAAGAGCACGUGCUGUAAGAGCAGCUCGAAGCUUAGGGGAAAGAUCCGUCACGGAGUUAAUAUUACAACAUCAAAAUCCUCAACAGCUUAGUGCCAAUUUGUGGGCUGCUGUACGUGCACGUGGUUGUCAGUUCCUUGGGCCAGCAAUGCAAGAGGAAGUUCUCAAACUAGUUCUUUUAGCUUUGGAGGAUGGUUCAGCUCUUUCAAGAAAAGUUUUAGUAAUGUUUGUGGUUCAACGUUUGGAACCACAUUUUCCACAAGCAUCGAAAACAAGUAUUGGACAUGUAGUACAGCUCCUUUAUAGAGCGAGCUGUUUCAAGGUAUCCAAGAGAGAGGGCGAUUCAUCUUUAAUGCAGCUGAAAGAAGAAUUUAGAACAUAUGAUGCUUUAAGAAGAGAACACGAUGCUCAGAUUGUUCAAAUAGCAACUGAAGCUGGAUUACGAAUAGCUCCUGAUCAAUGGUCCGCAUUAUUGUAUGGAGAUACUGGUCAUAAGUCUCAUAUGCAAAGUAUUAUUGACAAGCUACAAACGCCACAAUCUUUUGCUCAAAGCGUGCAAGAAUUAGUUAUUGCCUUACAACGUACACCUGAUCCAGGACAACUUAGCGGUUUAAGGCCACAGCUAGAAUUAUUAGCCGCAAUAGAUCCUAGUCCAGAAACAGAGCCGCCCACAUUAGCUGAAUGUCGUGCAGCAUUGGAAGCUGUUAGAACUGUGGUUGCAGCUUUGGUGGAAUUCAUUCAACAACAUGGAAAUAGAAAAUGUUCAGAUGGUACUCAUAAUAUUGGCCCAAGUCAACCAAAAUAUAAAGUAAGCAUGUGUAGAGACCUUGCUCUUAGAGGAUCUUGUCCAAGAGCUACCAAUUGUACUUUUGCACAUAGUGACAUGGAACUUGACAAGUAUAGAUCAAAGAACCGAAAGUUGAGUAUCAGAACAAAUUUACCUUUGAAUAGUAACACGGAAUUAAAGACGGAUAAGUCUAUUGUUGUUCAAAACAACAAGGUUUUUAAGCAAAGCGAAGAGGCACCUUAUCAUUCCAUAAAACCACAUGAUAUUCAUAGGGAUAGUUUUAAUUCAUUGAAUAAAGUCAAUCCAACGCAACAUCCCAUCGUUAGUAACGAAAAUAAUUUUGUUGGAUCUUUGACAAAUUACAUGUUGCCACCGCCACAAAAUUUAUCACAUAUGGUUCCUGUGAAAAGCAUGGACAUUCAUUGUCCUCAUUAUAUUAUGCCUGCAGCAUCUUUAGAUUAUAACACAACUGAUAUGAAUAUGUGGGAUCCGCCACAAGUAACGUCAGGUGUAACGAAUGGGAUUUCUAAUAGUAAAAAGCAACGAACAGUAGCAAAAACAUUGGCAAUGUUGUUACAACGUAGAAUGGAAAUUUUGAAUCAACUUGAAACUAUAGUCAACAAGCAAGCUCCUCAGGUGAAAAUGAAUUGUGACAUUCAAGGAGAUGUGCUUUCAUCGAACUUAUCGAUAUGGGCAAAUUCAUCUGGAAGUCCUAUAGGUCCUGCAUCAAAUAUGAGUUGCAGUAAUAAUUUUCGAUGUGCAGAUUCUGUAUUAUUUGAUGAUGAAUUUGUACCAUUCGAUGCAUCACCUUCGAGCAAGUAUGGACCAAUAUCCAAAUUAUCAAAAACGAUGAUAAGAUCUCCAAAUGGUGUACCACCUACAAGUUUGUAUAAUGAGGGUCCACCUACAAUAUCUACUUUUCGACCUAUGCCAGCUCCUAAUUCCAUUUCAUCAUGGUAUUACGGAAAUCAGCCUUAUGCGUCUAUUGGUACAAACGGAGGAAUGCAGUCUGUUACUACAUCCAAUUAUGGAGAUGGAUAUAUCGCUCUUGGACGAAAUAUAUCAGAAUCACAAACACACUCGCAUCUUUUGCAACAGGAAUGUAUGUCCAAAGAUUUAAUCUUGGAAUCACAGAAAGUAAAACAACAACUGAAACAUUUAGAGAAGAAAAUUAAUGAUUUAAAGCUUGCGACACAAGGUGCAGCUUUUACAGCCGGUGAAAGACUUGCGCAGGAGUUGCAAAUGAUUGAAGCGGGUAUUAGAGAAAAAGAAAAGGACGUGAGGAAUUGGAGUCCGUAUGGUGGUAGUUUACCAUGGAUUCAAUCACCAGCUAGCUUACUUACUAAUCAAAGCUUUAAUCAGGAUUAUAAGACCGAAGAGGAAGAUACAUAUGAGGCUGGCAUUGCGAAUGAUAUGCGCGAAUUAGAAUUACGAUGGGAGUUUGAACUGCAGGAACAAGAGAAACAUUGGUCGAGCGAAGAAGAUAAUUCGAAAAAGUAACAUAAUCUUGCAGUAUUAAAUAUUAACUCCCAGAUCUGACAAUGACUCAAGAAAAAGCAUGUGUUUUCGCAUGUUCGUAUAAUUCUUUAAGAAAACUUUUAUGCGUCAAUGCGUUUACUUCUAUAAUUGGAUAAUCGAAAGUAAGUAGAAUUUUUACUCUUUGCAUAAGAAAAAUCUACGACUCUUCUACUCAAAAUCAAAAUUAUAUAUGGAGGAUGAUUAUAUGAACAUUUUUAACAGCAUAAAUUUAGAUUUAUCAUCCGAUUGAUAUGUGAAACCCUUUUGUUGAUGUAGUACUGCGUAAAGUGGACUUACUACUUUCGCAUGUACUAGCUUUUGUAAUCAUUGAUAUGUAAUAUUUCUUAUGCAUAAAAACAACACCUUUCUGGAUAUUUAAACAUACUAGUUGCUGUAAAUAUGUGAUAUUUUUAAAAAUUUGUUAAACACGUGAAAUAAUUUAUAAAAGCGAUUCAUUUAGUCAAACAGAAAGCCAGAUUGUUUUUAUUUAUAUUAUUUUACUGACAUUUAAGAAGUUAUUUAGUGUACUUGGAAACUUAAUAAUUCAGCUGCCGCUUUGCUAAAUACAUUCGUCAGACAACAAGCGAAAGGUGGUUGUUGCUUGUAAUAAAGUUAAAAAUUUCAUUGAAAAACAAAUGGACAUAUGAAUACAGAUUUGUUAAAAUUUAACAGAAAUUGAUGUCAGUGUUUUAUAAACAUGACAAUGUAGUAUACUCAAUUUAUAUGUUUGCACAAUGAAGCAAAACAUACUAUAUUACAGAGACAUUCGAGAAGAAUGUUACUUAACCUGAGUGAAGGUUACACGAUAAAAAUAUACAAUUAUACAUAAGUAUUGCAGAUAGGUGAAAUUAACAUAUAUUGUCCAAAUUUUAUAUAAUUAUUAUCAUUCUGGUCAUCUACUAAAUCAUUAUUGACAUGCAAGAUAUUAAUGAUAGAAUUUUAUUAUCCUAUAUGAUUUUAUAUAGAAUUUCUGAAGGAAGUAUGAGCAUUUUUGGCAAGGAAAGAUUUUAAGUUGUAUAAGUAACUAAUAUAACUGAAAAAUUAUAAUCUCUAUUAUCUUUAAACAUUUAUAGAAUAAUUAUAACAAUUCCAUCAUGGUAUUAUUUAGUGCAUUCACUUAUAUAAAUAGAAAAAAAAUUAAUUAGAGUUUUCCAUAUUAACAAGGAUGAUACUCUAUAUUAUAAAAGAUUAUUUUCCUUUUAAACAGAUCUAUUAGUAUUAUAUAUUUUUUUUCAAGUUUAAACUUUUAUUUGGAUUUAAAAGUCUUACUCUCGAGUUCGUCGUUGUUCAUAAUUCUUAAUAAAUAUGUAAAAUGGACAUGAUUAAAUGCAACAUUAGGAGCCUAUUUCAAGCAAAAAAAUUAAUCAUGAUUUUUUUCUGUGCCUUUGAACUUUUGCAUUUUUAUGAUUAAUUUUCUUUUUCUCUCUCUCUCUCUCUCUCUCUCUCUCUCUCUCUCUCUCUCUCUUCCUUUUUUUUUCUUUUUUUUUCUUUUUUUUUUUUUUUAAUACCGUUCAACGCAUAAACUUUUCCAAGGGUCGACGAUCAAAUCUUAUUAAUUUAUAUCUUUUUGUAAAAACUUGAAAUAAUUUAUAUUAAUGCUAUCAUUAUAUUUUGUCUUUGUCAACCAGUAAACGAUAGUUGACCAAAAAAAUGAUGAUUAAAAAUUUGUGUUGCAUGGCCAACUUGACUUUUUAAAAGAUAACAUAUAUUUUUUUAAAUGAAUUAUUCACUUCUCGAGAGAAAAUGUUUAUAGAUCUAUAGAUUUUAUUUGAUUAUGAAUAAAAGCUAUCUGUUUUUUAAGAUCGAGAUGUUGAUGAAAAAUUUCAUAGGAUAGAAUAUGUUAAUCAACUUACUGCGCUCUUUUAUGGCAUCUUAAUGUAUGCAUUGCAAUAGUCUAGGUUUUCCUAUUUUUAUGAAAUAAUAUAUAACAUAAAUAUUAAUAAUUCCAGUUUUAGUGGAAGAAACAUUAUUGAUUUUUUUGUGCAAAAUGAAGGUUGACAAAGGUUGACUCAUUAUGUAUCAGAAUUUUACUUUGUAAACUUAUAUUUGUUUAUCAUCAAUUGAUUACUUACUUACCUGAAAUGGGUGAAUAAUAUUAUUCAAUAUAUUCAUAAUAAUAUAUAAUUGGUUUAUAAUGUCUGUUUUGUUAUGUUAUGUAAAUGUAUUGGAAAAAUAAUAAGAGGUACAUCUAUUUUUAGAACAUAGCUAGAUUUUUAGCAAUUAUAGAAACAAUGGUGCAAUUUUCUUUACUCGAUAUCUAAUAUCAGAAAUUAUAAAAUGUUAUACAAAUAGUUCAUAGAUUCAAUUUGUUUAUUAGGUUUCGUAUGCGGAUCAAUAGCAAAAACAAUGUUUGCCGAAACAAUAAUAACAAUCGAAUUGUUUACUUCAUAUUUAUAACUUAUUAUCAAUGUUGGACAAAUUUUAGAAAAGAUUGUAUUAUUUUCUUUUUUCUUUUCUUUUCUUUUUUUUUCUUUUCUUUCUUUUUUUUUUUUUUUUUUUUCAUUAUAUCAAAAGUUUUACUUUCAUUGUUGCAAGAUAUAUAGAUGGAACCAAAAUAUAAGAAUUCGUUUAGUAAGUAUACCUUGGUAAAAACAGAUCGUUUUCCUUUUUGCUGAAGCCAUCCCCGCGUAUACAGUUUAAAAAUUGGCCAUAUUAACCAAUAUAAAUGACAAUAUUGCAGAAAGGGGCCAUCUAUUAAUUUUGCUCGUUUAAAAAUAACCGAAGUAAAGGAGUAUAGUAUUUUCAAAAGAAAUGGAUCUUACAUGUGAAAACGCUUAUUAAAUUUCUUUUCAACUAACGAUUAAAUGAUUCUGUAUUAGAUUUUAAGUUAGUUUGCAAGUUUGAUAAUUAUUCUAAUUUAUGAAUAAUUGUGUUGAAAUUUAAAUUGCUGCCACGGUAUCUAUAUCUCGUUCUCUGUUUUGUACAUUAGACACAUUUAAUAUAAAAUUUGAUAAAAUGCUUUAGUUGAAGUAAAACAAGAUUGAAAAUUUCAAUUUUGUUUAUUCUCUUUCUCAGGAAAUUAUAUUCGUAUCUUAUAAUCGAUAAAGAAUUGUAAUUUAUUUUUUCGAUACAGACACAGAUAAAUUCUAUGUAUCAUUUUCUUAAUAAUUCCUAAAUAUGCAUUUUGAAAACUGCUACGACGUUUGUCUUUUACAUAUACAGUUUAUGUAAGAUUUCGAUCUUUCCCAUUAAAAGUUAUAUAUAGAAUGUAAAAGAAGAGGUAAAAUUGAUGGAAAAUUACUAAGAAGAACAUCUAGGCUUUCUAUCAAUUUUAUUGGAUUCUAUAUGUAAUCUAUUUCUACAAGGUUUCAAUGAUAGCUCUAAUUAUUUUUUUUUCUCGUUUCUAUUCAUAAUGUGAAGCAUUAACUUGAAUGUAGAAUAAAAGCGAAGAGGGCUGUGUACAAUGGGAAGUAAUAAGCGCAACAAUACUGUUUGUGCAAGCUUCAGAUUAAUUGCAUGUUAAACAUGUCACUAUGUGUAUAAUGAUACACACAUACCUAUGUUGAUGGUAUGAAAUCACAUACAAUCUAUACUAACGUUCUUUGUUUGAACAUACAAAACGAUAAUAAUUAUAUACAUAUCGGUAUAUAAUGUAUAGUCAAUGCACUUGGCACUAGCAGUACAGAUUCUUUAUAGAUUUUGUGUUAUACUUGAAAAUCUUAAGUAUUUCUUUUUCUUUUCUUUUUUUUUUUUUUUUAACAUUUAUAUAAUAUUCAUUGUAUGAAAUUAUCAAAUUACACUUAAACCAGUAUUCACAAUGUACGACUUAUUUCUCGCAAAUCCACAUUUUCUAAAUAUUAUUAUUCGAAGGUAGAAAACUGGUUGCGUAAGAUGUUGAGAAUAAAUAUACGUGCUAUAUUAGCAUUAUGCUUUAGCAAUAGAAUUUGAGUUUGUAAUUUAAAAAAAAGUAAAGGUACAUUAGUCUUAAAGAGCUUUGUUUUAUGCAAGACGAAUUCUUAUGUCUCUUUUCAUCAUCUUACAGCAUGUUGAAACAUAAGAUAACUAUGAAAAGACUUAUCAUAUAUGUAUAUGGUAUGGUAUGAUAAACCAUAUGAUAUACAACAUAUGAGUGUAUGAAAAACUUAUUAAAACGUAUAUAUUCAAAUAUUUGUUAUUUUGUAAAGGUCGCUAAAAGUACGUGGAAUAUAUCGCAUAGAAUAUUCAUUUUCGUUGAUUAUCUCGUAUCAUCAUCCCAUUGUAUGGACAGUACUGAACAAAUUUUGUUGAAUUGCGUCUUUGUAUGUGUGUGUGUGUGUAUAUAUAUAUAUGUACGUACAUGUGUAUGUAUAUAUAUAUAUAUAUAUAUAUAUAUAUAUAUAUAUAUAUAUAUAUAUAUGUGUGUGUGUGUCAUGCGAUAUAGCCGCGUAAGUCUGAUGUAUUUUUCACAAAUGUACUGUAAGUGAAAGUGUAAUAUAUUUAUCUACUCAA